AUCAUGAGGUCGACCCAUAAUCCUCUGGUCUGCCCACCAGCCUCCUGUUAAGGUGACAUUUAGGGCUUGCCUUAUGAAACUCUGCCAGGAUUUUUCCUUUGGAUUUAUGUUGAAUGCCAUUAAACAUAAAGGAAUACUAAUUCUGGUUUAGCAUGUGGCCUUGUGUAGAGCCAACUAAAGGGAACUAAAUCAUUUGCCAUAAAUACUGAGUCCUUAACUUAAGUCAGGUGCAAUUUAUAUUUGAAGAAGUUUUGGAUUUGGAACUGUCACCAAAGGCUCAUAGAUUUAUGAGGAUUAUGCUAAUUUAGCUAUUUUUGUCUUCGAGAAAAUAACAAAUUCAAGCCAAAAUGGAUGACCCUUACCAAAACAAUAUAAACCAGCAGGGAGAAACGUAUCCCACAUAUGGAGGAGGAGAGUACACUUACCCCUAUCAGACAGACUACCCUCCUAAGGAGGAGGAAGAUGCUGCUAGUGAUGUCACCGAGGGGCAUGAUGAAGAUGAGCAGAUGUACGAGGGCGAGUACCAAGGCAUCCCUCAUCCGGACGAGAUCAAGGAGGCACGGAGAGCUGCCCGAAGGGAGGCCCGCAUGAAGGCCAGGAUGGCAGCUGAUGUGGAGGAGGAAACAUUGCCCGAGCAAUACGAGUCCAUCAUGGAAGACUGCGGCCACGGCCGCUUCCAGUGGACCCUCUUCACGGUGCUGGGUCUGGCCCUGAUGGCUGAUGGGGUGGAGUGCUUCGUAGUGAGUCUCGCCCUGCCCAGUGCUGAGAAGGAUAUGUGCCUGUCGAAUGCUGACAAGGGCAUGCUGGGUUUAAUAGUGUAUGUGGGGAUGAUGAUCGGAGCUGUCCUGUGGGGCGGUCUGGCUGAUAAACUGGGCAGACGACAGUGUUUGCUCUACGCACUGGCCAUCAACUGUAUCUUCUCCUUCCUGUCCUGUUUUGCACAGGGCUACGGGAUCUUCAUCUUCUUCAGACUCUGCUCAGGAAUCGGGAUCGGUGGCUCAGUCCCUGUUGUGUACACGUACUUUGCUGAGUUCCUGCAGAUGGAUAAGAGAGGAGAACAUCUCAGCUGGCUGUGUUUGUUCUGGAUGCUUGGAGGACUGUAUGCUUCCUUCACCGCAUGGGGAAUCAUCCCACAUUAUGGCUGGGGUUUCAGUAUGGGGACAGAGUUCCAGUUCCACAGUUGGAGGGUAUUUGUGCUGGUUUGUUUCCUUCCCUCUGUGGCUGCUCUCGCUGGACUGGUGUUCAUGCCAGAAAGUCCCCGUUUCCUCCUGGAGAACGCAAGACACGAUGAGGCCUGGAUGAUCCUGAAGCAGGUUCAUGACACUAACUGGAGGGCGAAGGGAGAGCCAGAGAGAGUGUUUCAGGUUUCACAGAUCAAAACUCCUCAAACACAGGAUGACGAGUUCAUAGAGAUCCAGAGUGAAACUGGCACUGCCUUCCAGAGAUUCAUGGUCAGACAUAUGACUCUGGUUAAACAGGUCAUGAAGAACAUGCUGUCACUCGCUGCACCUGAUCUCAGAAUCCAUGGUUUGUUCAUUGCCAUUGUGUGGUUUACGAUGGCCUUCAGCUUUUACGGCCUGGGAGUGUGGUUUCCUGACCAGAUCAAGCUCCUCCAGUUUGAGGAGUUCGAGUCCAAUGUCAAGAUCUUUCAUCGUGAGAAAGUGGAACGCUUUCAUUUCAACUUCACUCUGCAAAAUCAGGUCCACAAGGAGGGGGAGUAUAUCCAUGACAGGUUUAUCAACAUAGAAAUACGAAACGUGAAGUUUGAGGAAUCACUCUUCGAGAACUGUUAUUUUGAGGACAUCAGAUCAACAGACACCUUCUUUAAGAACUGCACUCUUAAAAACACAGUCUUCUACAAUACUGACCUGUGGGAAGAUUCCAAGUUCAUUAACUGUAAGCUGGAAAAUACGACAUUUCUGCACCCCAAAAAAGGCUGCCAUCUAAAUUUCCAAGAGGAAAAUGACGUCCUGAUCUAUCUAGUCAGCUUCCUGGGCAGCUUGUCUGUAUUACCGGGCAACAUCAUAGCAGGCCUACUAAUGGAUAAAGUAGGACGACUUAAGAUUAUAGGGGGAUCCAUGUUAUGCUCCGCUGGCUGCACGUUCUUCGUGCUCCUGUGUUUCAGUCAGUGGGCGGUCGUCCUGUUCCACUGCCUCUUCUUCGCAGCCAGUGCUGCAGCUUGGAACGGCAUUGAGGUCAUCACAGUGGAGCUCUAUCCAGCCUCGAAAAGAGCCACAGCUUUCGGGGUGCUGAAUGGCACAUGUAAACUGGCAGCUAUCAUUAGCACUUUCAUCUUUGGCAAGUUUAUCGGCAUCACCAAGAUCGUCCCCAUCAUCCUGUCCUUCUCAGCGCUGGUGUGCGGAGGACUGCUAGCGUUUAAGUUGCCUGAGACACGAGAGGUCAUUCUUCAGUGAAAAAGCCAAACUCCUCAAGGCCUCAGCAUUGGGUCCAGCUGGACACUGGAUGACCGCAUGCUGGACAGCUGAACACGUCCAGCAAAAGAGAGAGCUGAGUUAUGUCAAGCUGAUAUGUUAGAACCACUGUAACAUAGUAUUACUUUAAACAAAAGUUGUAGAGCAUAUGUUUGUUUAAAGUGUUCACAGUGGCUAUAUUUUGAGUAAGGAAUCCAAAAUGUGGAAAUCUAUUUGCUAUAAUCACACAAAAUGAUUUAGAGGUGAGUGCUAAUAUCAAAUCCCCCUUUUAUAUUGGAACAAAUAGUAACUUUAAUAUGCAAAAAUUGAGUUGUUUUUGCAACUGAAAUCUUUAUCACCAAUGUAAUUUGCUCACCAGAUUUUGGUCAUCUGCUAGUUUUUGUUGUGUUGUAUUUGUUAAUGCUGUGGUAUAUAUUUAUUUCACAUUAGAUUAUUAUAUUUUUACUUAGUUUUAACUCUGAUGUUCUUGGAUUCACAUUUUUUCAAAUAUUGUUUGUCAUGCCUUUUAAUUCGAAAAUGAUCAUACUACAUCAGAAUGACGAUGUUUGUAUGAAGAUAGAAAUUUUUUAUUUUGACCUAUGUGCAGUGUGUAUAAUGCUCCUUUCCUGUGAGGGAAAUAUGUAGAUUAUGUGACUUAGAAUUUAUUUAUUUUUUUCCUGUUUUAAACGUGUGAGUAGUCAUUUUGAAGCAAUGGUUCUAAAAUAAUUGUUUUACGUCUUUCUUUUUUCCACUUUCGACUGCAGAAAAGGUUAUUCAAAUGUAUUUUAUUUUAAUAGGUCAACACUGAUUAAAUGCUACAAAAAGGCAUCCACAGUAAGUCUUACUAGCUUUACGUCAAAUCUAAAAUAUAUUCUUUUUAUAUUUUAUGUUCAACAAUUUAAACAAGGAUCAAAUUAUGUUGUUUGUUCUGGUUUGUGAUGGUAUAAAAAUAAAAUCUAAAACAUAAUUUUAA